CAACAGUAAAAAGAAAGAUACUCUAAAAUAACUGGUCACGUCAGUACUCAGUUGUCAAAGUUAGAUAAAGAUAAUAAAAAUUAUCUAUUUCUGAAGAGCUCGAUAGUCGAUAAGUCUUGUACUGUUAUCGUUCAGAAUUUUAGAUCAGUCAUCAAUGUAAACAGUAAACACUCUACUAGUAUUGAUUAUUGGCCUAUUAAGAAUUAAUAUUUAGCAUUUUGAGGCGUUAUCGUCUAUAAUGGCGAAUUUUUCGUCACCGAUGCCGUCCAGAGAGUUCUUAUGGGACGUGUUUCAAAGGGUUGACAAAGACAGAAGUGGGUUCAUCUCGUCUGAUGAAUUGCAAAUGGCGCUUUCGAAUGGUACUUGGACACCCUUCAAUCCAGAAACUGUACGUCUUAUGAUAGGCAUGUUUGAUAAGCACAAUCGAGGUACCGUAUCUUUUGAUGACUUUGGUGCUUUGUGGAAGUAUGUGACUGAUUGGCAAUCAUGUUUUCGAUCAUUCGACCGUGAUGGUUCUGGAAAUAUAAACGUAUCCGAACUCAAAGACGCUCUGUCGUCAUUUGGCUAUCGGCUCGGUGAACAAAUUGUUUCAGUUAUGCUCAAGAGAUUUGACCGCUUUGGUCGUGGCACUAUACUUUUUGAUGAUUUCAUUCAAUGCUGUGUUGUAUUACAUACACUAACUGCUGCAUUCCGUCAAUUUGAUACUGAUCAGGAUGGAUAUAUUACUAUUCAUUAUGAACAAUUUUUAAACAUGGUAUUUGGUUUAAAAAUUUAAGCAAACUUUAUUACUUAUUGUAUUUUUUUUUUUUUUUUUUUGUCUCUGAAGACAACUAAUAUAAAGAGUAAUUUAGAAUUGAUAUAAAAUAUAAUAUCUCAGCUUAAUUAUUACUUUAUCUGUUUCUUCUUAUGACACAUAGGUUAUUUUUAAUACUGUCUUAAUGUGAUAUUUUAAAGCAAUCAAUGAUUUUAUUAUUGUUAUAUAAACGAAUUAAUAAUUUUUCAUAAUAUAUAUACUGUCAUUUUAAUAUUUUAUUGAAAUAAACAAAAAUAAAUUUAGAACAGA